CUAUAAAUAACACCGUAAACCCAUUUCACUUUGCCUCCUCGUGCUCUCCGUCUCUCCCAGCUUAAUUUCAUUUUUAUUUUCUUCAGUGAAUCUUGCAAUGGCGGCUGCUACUGGAGCUUCAAUCUCCCUUAGAUCUGGUCCUCAGUUGCACCAGAACUUGGCAACAUCCAGUAUUUAUGGCUCGAGGUUGGUUUCCCUUAAUGCUUCCGGACGAAGCUCCCUCUCAUUCAGAUCAACACCGCAAUCAGUUCAACUGCAAGUUUCAUGCGCUGCCAAGAAAGAAACAGUGGAUAUGGUGUGCGGUAUAGUGAAGAAACAAUUGGCAUUGAAAGAUGAUGAUAAACUUACUGCUGAGUCAAAAUUUACAGACCUUGGAGCUGAUUCUCUUGAUACGGUUGAGAUCGUAAUGGGACUAGAGGAGGCUUUUGACAUUUGUGUUGAAGAGGACAGCGCCCAGAGCAUCACUACCGUUCAAGAGGCCGCAGAUCUAAUCCAGGAUCUGAUUGAGAAGAAGGCUUAGAAGGAAAUGAUAAUUUAGAGGCAGAGAAAGAGAGAGAGAGAGAGAGUAAUGAUAUCAAAAUUUUAGCUUUCUAAAUUGAGUAUUGAGCAGUUUGGUUAUUAAGUUUGGGGUAUCUAUUUGUGUUAAUUCUGAUAUGAACAGUUUAGUUGUUGAGUCUAUUGAAUCACAUUGAGUAUUGUUCUAUCUUUGUGCUGUGUUUGUAUUAGUAGAUGCAUUAGUUCAGUUAUAGUUUUAUCAAUCGGAGAAAUGUCACAGUAGUUGCAGUAGAAGAAGAAUGGGAUAAUAAUUUUGUUCAUACAAAAUCCUCUCCUGAUCAAGAGAAAGGACAUUGUCAUUGUGAUAAAUAGGCUUAUUUGUGUUUUGUGUUGAAGGUACCUAAUCUAUAAUGGUUUUGGCAA